AGGAAGUUCCAUUAGGUUUUGAUAAAUCAUUCCUGAUUUAUGACUACUUCUUAGAAGAAUCAAGCUGAUAGGAACAUUUGAUACUCUAAUUCGAUCUGAGAGAAUACAUCAGUCAUGAUCAGGGCCGAAGUUGGGUGUGUGUUUAUGGGACUCAUCAUGUGCAUCUCAGGGUUCCUGGAACCACCAAACCACCGCAUCUGUGCUCUAAAAAGUUCCACAGUGAAUCUGCCCUGUAUAACCAAAAACAACAAGACAAAUAUGAGAUGGUACACUCUGUUUGCGUAUAACAGCCUAAGCCAGAGGGAGGUUAAUUAUGACACUGAUGACAUUUUUGAAGACAAUCAUCAAACUCUAACGAUCAAAGAUGUGAGAGAAAGUGAUGAGGAUUAUUACUGCUGCGCAGAGAACGCUGAACAACCUGGCAUCUGCUGGAACAAACGUAUUCAGCUCCGUGUCGCAGACCUGCAGGUAAAGGUGAUUCCUGCCACAGAGGGACAGAAGGUAACACUGAUGUGUAGCACCAGCUGUCCUCUGACUGAAAGCCCUUCAGCCUACAUCUGGUACAAGAACGGAGAGUUCCUCUAUGAGGACUGGUCUCCCUGGUACCAAGAGCUGGUCAGCAGUGACAGAGAAUCCAGGUACUCCUGUGCUGUCAAAGGCUACGAGGAUUUUAGAGCACCUGAAGUCUCAGUGAAUUUUGUUGACAGAAGAUGCUUUGGUGUGACCUACACUGAUAUUAAAUACUGUCCAAGUUGGUGGUCAAAUGGAACCUGCUUCAUCCUUUAUCCCAUGAAAGUCUGGGUUGUAAGCACUCACAAUGGAGACCAACUGACCUGUCACGACAGCUGUGUAAAUAAAGGAAACUGUUGGAGAGUGAACUAUGUCAGCAGGAGAAUCUGUGCUCUUGAAGGCUCUUCAGUGAAUAUUACAAGUGAAUAUUCACAUCCUUCCAAUCAGUGGCCCAAGCAUAAACACUGGUAUAAAUUAAAGAAUGGUAGAGUGGAGGAUGCUGAGAUGAUGACUGAGGCUGUGGAUCGAGUCAGGUUCUAUGACAACAUGAAGAACCAACACAUCCUUAAAAUGACGAACCUGAAGAAGAAUGACUCAGCAGAAUACAGAUUCAGACUGCAACAAGAUGAUAAAGAAUGGAGAAAGGCUGACAUACCCGGAGUUAAGAUCAUAGUUACAGAUCUAAGGGUGACAUUCAGUCCAUCUGCAGAGGUGACAGAAGGUCAAAGAGUCACGCUAACCUGCAGUACCAGCUGUCCUCUGACUGAUGAUGCAAACUACAUUUGGUACUGGAACACACAACUUUUGACCCCGCCAGAGAACCAAAGCAAACAUCUGAUUGUAGAAGCAGUCAGCAUGCAACAUGCAGGAAACUACUCCUGUGCUGUCAACACCCUGAACGACAUCAGAUCCAACGAGAAAACUCUCACUGUCCACAGGAAAAUGGGAACAUGGAUCCUAGCAGCUGCCACGGCUGCUUUUCUGGUUUUGAUGGUCCUCAUUGUCAUCUUCUGGAUAAGGAAGAAUUCUCCCACUCAGACUCCUCAGACAGAAACAUCAUCCAACAUGGAACAGCAAAACUCUGUUCCACUGUAUGAGAACACACCAGCUCCACCAGCAGAGCCGGAUGAUCCACUCUAUAGCAGAUCUCUCUUUACAAAGAACCAUCAGGGUCCUCUCUACUCCACCAUCCAGCCACAUCUUCAACAAGAACAGGAUGAUGAGCGGUAUAUUGUCGUAUUCAGAUGAAAACAUAGCUCCAGAGAGUGUAUAACUGUUGUAAUUAGAAACUAUUCCAGCAUAAUGUCUUGCUAAUUUUCCACGGCUAUAAAUAGUCUGUGAUGAUCAUUCAUGUGCAGUAGCAGUGCUCUCUGAAGAACACAUUCCAAUAAGCUAAAGCAGAGAGAGACUCCAGGUACUCUUUACUCAGGUUUUAUAAGUGUGAUGAUUUAAUUGAGUGAUUUUUUUAAGCUUGCAUUCAACAAUGCCUUUAAUGUGCAUCAAAGAUAAACUUUUGCACCUCAUUUUGCCACUCUGAUCUGCAGCAUCUUUGUUAUUAUUUACAUUUUAAUAAAAGUUAUGAAAUUUGGCUUUGGAUUUUUUUGUACAAGAAAUGUUUGAGAUAGCAUACAGCAAAGUACAAGAAAUGCAGUUCAUGUUUAAAGAGUAAAUAGACAACAGGCUAAAAAGAAGUAUUCCACUGCCCUCUCCUUCUGAUAGACAGUCUAUCUUUUAAUAUUUAUUCUGUCUCACUCCCUACUUUGAAUGGAGAAUGUAUUUGUACAAGCAUGUGCUCUUGUUAGACUCAACCUAGUAAACUUCUGCGCUAAUUGUAGAGAAAAGCAACUCAUUACGUUACUCACCUUAGCACAAAAAGUUGAUCAUUACUCAUUACUUCAUUAGCCAUUACUGGUAAACAUCACGAUAGUUUGUGAAAUAUGAUGCACUGCUGUCAAAUACACCACCUGGAAAGUGGUGAAUAUUAGCACAAUCUUAAAGAUGUAAGACAAUAAUAGCCUAUUUUAAACAGCAUUUGCCACAUUCGAAAAUGCAUGCAGCAAAAGGCUUGUUAUGCAGGGGAUUAACAAUACCCUUAAAUAUUUAAAAUAAAUAAAUAACUAAAGUUCAUGUAGGGGUGGGCGAUAUGGAAAAAAAUAUCAUAUCACGAUUUUUUUUAUGGCCAGAUGAUGAUCUCGAUUUUAUAACGAUUUUUUCCAUUUAAUUUUC